CGUGUACUGAAAGCCCUGUUAAUCUUGCAUGCCUAAAGGGCCGGGGGAGGGGGGGUCGGGGGGAGAGGGCGUUUCAGGCGUGUUCAGGCGGCCCACCAAGGAGGCGAAGGCGGCCAAGCAGGCGGCCAGGGCGGCAGCGGCGGAGGCCAAGGAGGAGGCCAAGCAGGCGGCCAGGGUGGCCAAGGAGGAGGCGAAGGCAGCCAAGCAGGCGGCCAGGGCGGCCGAGGAGGAGGCCAUGGAGGAGGCCAUUGAGGAGGCCAAGCAGGCGGCCAGGGCGGCCAGGGCGGAGGGGGAGGCCAUGGAGGAGGCCAAGCAGGCGGCCAGGGCGGCAGCAUUGGAGCAGUGGGCGACAGCGGAGGCGGCCAAGCAGGCGUUCAGGCAGCGGCAGGCGGCGUUCCUGGAGGCGUUCAGGCAGCAGCAGGCGGCCAAGCAGGCGGCCAAGCGGCAGAGGCGUUGAAGAUGAGAAUUAGACAGGUGGGUGAGAGGAGGGUUUCGGCACGGCCGUCGGAUGGGCGAGAGCCUUUGACUUUCUACUGAGCCCAGUGUGUAUUUUACGACUGACACUAACUUAU